CGCACCUCAGUUACUGCUGAACCAGAGAGAGGAGUGUAGCAUUAUGUCAUCCUUGAAAAAUGUCUUGCUCAGGUUGUGGCCCUUUAAAACUGAUACCACUGACAGCCACGCUUCUCAGUGUGGCCGGAAAACCGAAACUAGGAAAAUCACUCGGGUGCUGGGACCGUGGGAGUCGUAUAUGGUGAGCCUACAGUCAAUACUAAUCUGGGAGCGACCUGGGACAAGUGCGGCGGCGGUGGUGACUGUCAACGUUCUCUUUUGGCUGGUGGUGUGGAGUGAGCUGCGUGUGUAUUUCGUGCUGAGUGUAGCGGCCUUGGGAGUGUUCCUGCACCAGCAAUGGGUACACUCCAUCUGGCCCGAGAUUCGUGUACCCAAACCUGAGCCGGAUGAUUCUGAGGACUGGACCCCCGUGCAUCCUAGUGUGCUGUCCGUGCCGGAGAUCAGCCAGUAUGUGGAGGUCGCGCUUCGCUGGAUCAGGGAGAAUUACACGUGGCUGUUGCAGCUUCGUCGCCACCAGCCUGCCCUGUUUUGUGCCAUUAUGACCACGGUGCUGAGUCUGUGCGGUGUGGUGGGCUACCUGGUGCCUGGUGUGGUGCUGGUGUACAACCUGCUUAUGCUGGCAAUGACUGGGCCAGGGAUCUUCCUCCACGUGCUCCCAGAUUCCUUCUAUGAGCGACUGAGCAGGAUGCGUGCAGCCCUUAGAGGGGACACUGCAGGCAUGGAGACUUCCCAUGUGUCUCUGGACAGUGAUAUCUCUGAGUUCAUGCCAGAGCUGCAGUCUCUGGAGGCUCAAGCAGCCUUGGAUGUGCCCCUGAUGAGUCAGGACCCUUUGGAGGUUGAACAGACUGAAGAGGCUGGAGGUAAGACCAAGAAUGGUGGUGGUGCUUCUGCCAGGAGGCGCAAAGGACGCAAGGGAUCUCCAGGAGAUGACGACUCUAUCGCAUCACGUGUGUCAGGAGCAGAUGAUACUGUUCCUUUCUACACUGGGCUGCCAGAAGACUUUCCAUCCUAUGAUCAUGACAGUGUCGAUGAUCUGGAUGAUCCAGAUAUUGACCUGCCAGAGCCAUGUCCUCCCGUCCCCAAGCCUAGUAUCCAAAGACACCCAGGCAACUCCAGUGACCGUUACCAGAUGGAGUUUGUCUCCUCUCACUUUGGAGAGAGUAGUGAUGAGGAGGAAGCCUUCAUGGAAGGCCUCUCUUUUGAGCAACGAGGACAGCUGAGAGCAGAACCUCAGUAUUCUCCACAGGCUGCCCUACAGUCUGCUCCAGCUGUGGAUCCAAUAGGCCAGUUAAUGAGCAGUGUCAUAGCCCAAAAUGCAGGCAAUGUUUUGUCUGCCUUUGGACAAAACUUAGUAACUUCUGUGAUAGGACAGGCUAGUGGAGUCAAUUCUCAGAUCCCACACACAGUCAGUCGAGAGACAAGUCACCACCAGCCUCCUCCUAGAAUGUCAAGGUCAAUGGACUCUCAACAGCAGUCAACAACAGACUUAGAGGACGAUUUUGAACUAAUUUCUGAUGAGGAAUGUCAGUGACGUUAACAGACUCAAAGGCACACCUUAAUGCGAUAAUACCGUCUUUGAUAACUGCAUUUAAAAAUUAACCCAGAAAGAUACCUUAUUUAAAAAUCACUUAGUUAUAAUGGCAUAAAUCUUUUCCGUGUUUUAUAUUCAUACAGCACAUUAAAUUUCCAUAUCAAAGUGAUGGCUGCCUUAAAAUGUUCUUCAGAUUACCCAUAAAUGUGUCACAGAACAGAACUGGUAAUGGUGCAGUAUAUUUUGACAAACUAGUAGCAUUUAUUUAUAUUCAUACAAGAUUCAUAUAAGUAAUAUCUCAAAAUAUUUAUUUAGGUGAUGGAUUUAAUUUUUGAGUUUGUAAUGAAAGGAUUUGGAGACCAACCAUCUGAGAAUGCUGUCAGGAUCCUCCUAUCACAUAGUAUUACUGUUCCUAGCAAGCAGGAUGAGACACAUCCUGUGUCACUCUUGGUCAUGGAUGCAGCUGACAUUGAUUCUCAGAUGUGGUGGUAAGAAAGAAAACAAAUGAUUCAAAAGACAGGAUGGCAUUACCACAACAACAAAAGAAUUUGUGUCCUCAUUGAUCCGUCAUUUUUAAAUUAGGGGCAGGAAUUAAGUAGUUAAUUUCUCCUUUUUGAAGGUGCACUUAGACAGCUUGUACCUGAUUGGUUAGUUUUGUAGUUAGAAUUUGAUGCUCUUUAAAGUGACAAUGCAUACCUAGAGCUCAUGAGGCAUCAGGUAGCCCAUAGAACCCUGAAGCUCAGGACUGUCGCACCUGGAAGUCACUGAAUAGAAACAAGUCUUAAGGAGGCAUGACUUCUAUUCUGUAUUUAUUUUAUAUUUAUUUAGUCACCAUCAACAUGCAUUCUCCUUUUUUUAAUGGAGAUCUUAGCUCUGUUGAUGGUUUCUUUUUUUUUUUAACCAUAACUUUUAUACAUAACAGCAAUUGCUGCUUAAUAAACCUUUUUAAAAAUUACUUUACAGAAGAAACAUGCUGGGAUAAUGUGUAUAGUAGGGAAAGGAAUAGGUUAUUGGUUUGGUGGGAAAGGACUAGGAUGGUUUGUGAUGGAAUGGCUGUGGUGCCUAGUAGGGACAAAACAGUAGGUAAGUUUUGAUAUCAUUCUGGAUGAGGAGGCGAUGGGCCAAGGUGGUGUUUGGUCAGUGGUUAGAGGGAAGCUGUGGAUUUUUUUUUUUUUUUUUUUUUUUUUUUUUUUCCUCCCAUGUGGAUAGCAGGUAGAUGAAUCCACCAUGAAAGAGAGUGCAAGGGUUGGAUAAAGACGAGUGGACAUGUGUUGUGGAGACUCCUUAAAUCUGAAUCUAUGUACACAAAUUAAGAAAAAUGUAUCAACAUUUUUAGAUGUUUUCUUUUUAUUUAUUUAUUUUUUUUUAUUGAGUACUAUUAAUAUUCAUCUUCUACUUUUCUAGGAUUAUCUUUGCCCAAGAGAAUAGGUCAUGAAUCACUGAACUUUCAUGUAUCAUGGAAGGUUUGUAAUAUCAAAGGGAUUGUUGAAAUUAUUUGCAUAAGAGAAAUUAACCGUCAUUUUUUUUUUUUUUUUUUUUUUUUUUAUUGUUAUUAUUUUUUUAGAACAGAAAGUUAGGUAUGUACAUCAAGUGAAUUAUAAAAUACUCAGUAGUCUUCAAAGUACAUUAUAUGGAUAUAAUACAAUACUUCAGGACUCAGCAGCCCAGUAGUUCUUAACUUGUAUGAUUGUAUGGAUAAGAGUAGGUAUCCUUUUUAUAUAAAACUCUUUUUAUAAUAAAUGUAAAGUCAGAUUAUAUGUUGUGAGAUAAUAGGAGUAGAUCAAUGGCCUCCAGGAGACAGGCAGCCAUGUACAGUUUCUUUAGUGUGGCACCUGGCGGCUGUGGGGCUCCCGAGGACACUGUGUAUUAGUUUUGUAGGAAAAAUUUUAAUGUAGCAACUUCAUUGUGGGAAAUAAAUAAUUGGAUAGAGCUUUCAGGAUGUGGCUGGCAUGUGAUAGAGUGUGGGGUGGGAGGGAGAGAGAGGAACAGAUACAUAUUAGUGAUGAGUUGAGGGUGGCUUUUUUUUUUUUUCCACAUGUGCUCUCUUGAAUGUGAUGUGGCAAUCCACUUGGUAUUCAUCAGGAUGGCAAUGAGUGUGCAGCAAUAUUCUGUCUUUCCAAGUGUCAAGACCACAAAGGCGCCAAAGGUAUCAUUUUACAAUGUUUACAGCACAGUGAAGUUUUUAAUGGUAUUUGUUUAUGUAGUGAUGUCAGUCUUUCUUCAGGAUACCUCUGUGUAGGAAUCCCUUGUUUAUUAAGUUUUCUGCUAUUCACAUCGAUUUCUGUUGAGUAUUUGUAAAAUAAUAAAUUUGCUAUAACUUUGCUAGUAUUGUGGUAAUGCACUGCCCUGGCAUUGCUAAGGUCAGCAGAUUGAGUCUUGCUCGGGGCACAAGUUUAAGCUGUUUACUGGAAGGUUACUGCUGCAUCACAAUAGUGAGUUGGGUUCACCUGGCUGACAUUCUGGAAAGCACCAAAUGUGAUGGAUGCUGGAACUAAAACCAACGAACCUUAACUUAAAUUUAAGUCACAGAAAAAGGGCUUCACUCUGUACUGAGAAGAAUUGUAUUUGUUUUCACUACUGUAUACAAUCAAAUGUGUUAUGAUUUUGGCCUGGCAGGUCAUCAGUGCAAAGACAUCAUGGCAUUACGGGAACCUUAUUUAUAAAUAUAUUUAUUUUAUCAGAGGUUCUAAGAAAAAUGCAUAGAGUAAACCAAUGAAAUAUCUUGUUGAAAUAGAUGAGAAUAGAAGUUGCUGCAGUGACUCAAGUGUGAAGUGUUGCCAAAUUAGUGAUACACUACCAAAGAUGAGAGGAGGGUACAGUGCAGAUUUUUGGAAGGGCUGGUACAAGGGGAGAGGAUGAAAGCUACUUGUUGAAUAGAUUGCAAUAUGCUGAGUAUGUACGUACAUUGUAUUUUCUAAGGCUGGAAUAAUGAUAACUCUUACGCAGUCAUUUAAUUUAUUUCAGUUCAUAUCAGUAACAUAACAUUAUUAAAACUACAUAUUUUUGUAAAUAUUUGCCAAUAUAUAUGCAAAUAUGGGCUUGCAGUAUUAUUUGCUGAAAGUAACUUUGGCUCCUAUUUAGUCCUUUGGUAUAAGUCAGUUUGUGCUGUUCAGGCUGACAGCCACAUUGAAUGUGAUGCCCAUAGUGGGGAUUGUUUUCAUAAAAUUGAGUAGCAGUGUUGGUGUAGAGUGCUUUUAUAUUGAAUUGAUAUUGAAAUGGUUUAAUAUUGUACAGCUACACUUGCAGUUCAUUUGGAUUUAUUCAUGUAGUAUCUAUAUUUUCACAAAGGGGUCUUCUCUCAAGCAAGAUAGCACAUUACAAGAACAGAAUGCUUAAAAAAUCAUUAAUAACCAUUUACUACAUGCCAAAGCAAAACAAAUGGAAAAACUUGCACUUUAACACAAUUUUCUGUUAUAGUGGACUUAGGAAAAAUGGUUGAAAUGCAUGUGUGGCAAGUCCCCAUUCCCUGCGGCAGAACCUGUCAAGGCUUCAGGUUGUACAGUGAGCUGCAUAUUGUGAUAUGUAAUGUGUUUUAUAAGGACUUUCUUGUCUAGAAUAUCUUCUUUAAGUUUUUAUGAGGUAAUGCUAUCAAAAGUAGCUAUUUUAAUUAUGCACCUGUGUAUAAUACUAUGGAUAUGUAUUACUGUGAAAUAAUAAAACAAAAUUCCUUAA